UAUUUACAAAACAGGCUGUCAAUGUCAGGAACCUUCAAAUUAUCCCUUCUCCCUGCGGUACUUCGGAAGCUUUUCCGUAGGAAAACAAACGAAAUGGAGAAUAACGUGAAUAUCCAUCCCCAAGAUGAAGAAAUCAUUGACUGGCGGGACGAGGCAAUUGCAAUAAUCAACGACGUAAAGCCGCAUGUGAGCGAGGUGUUCAUAUCAGAGAAAUUGGAGUCGAACAAUUUCCAUAUCUUCCUUAAUCUCCGGACACUCGAAAACAGGAAGUGCUGCGUGAAAGUGAGCGGCUCCGGGUUCCAGAUAGCUGGCGAAGAAUAUGACACCACUGAUGCAUUGACGGAAAAUCCAGAGGAUGUGUUUGAGACGCCUUACGCCCUGCUAACGACAAUCAGUGAAGGUUAUGUCCAGUCAUUCGCGAGUAAGCUCGCGGAGCGAAUGAACGCUUUGGCGUGAUGUUCUUUCCUUUAACCCCAGUCGGAGCAGGUCGCACGUUCUUGGUUCAUAUUGCCAGACUUCCCAUUUUUACAAGCUACAGUACAAUUUAUCAAUAUUUGUGUGACAGUUAAUGCAAGUAUUAACAUCUACAAAUGAAUAUAAAAGUAUUAAAAAUGUAA